UCUUCGGCCGACAUUUCGGGAGCUGCUUUCGUUGCGUAGGCAUCGAGGGUGCAUUCGGUAGUAACUAUAACUUCGAUUGUAUCGUAACAUAUCGUGCAGUUAAUCACUAACCGUUUAACACUUAUCAUUUAACAAUAACAUUGAUCAUUGUAAUCUUGCGUACCAAGUUCGGUAAUCGAAAGUUUGAAUUUUCCGAAAUUCUCAAAGUUUUUCCAAGUGCUGCGACUCAAAAAAAGUACAUUGGUGUUUUGUGAUAUGACAUUAGUGGGAAACGACGAAAACACAUCGCCCAUAAUGUUGACCAUGCAGCACCAUCAGCAGCACCACGCUCACACUCAGCAGCACCAUCAUCAACACCAACAACACAAUCACAGCCAUUCAAAUAACAGUUUGACCAGCAACAGCGUGAAUCUCCAGACCCAUCGGAGCAACGUGAUUGUUUCAACCGGAGGACUGUCCUCGGGUUCUAGCGAGCUCAAAGCCCAGAGCUGCAAAAGGAGCAAGAUGUACCAAACUACUCCUUACGGAACAGUUCCACACCAGCCGGCCUCAGUCGCGCGCAGGAACGCCAGGGAACGGAACCGCGUUAAGCAGGUUAACAACGGAUUCGCGACUUUAAGGCAACACAUUCCUCAAAGUGUCGCGCAAGCUCUGGGAGGCAAUACUGCGGGAACCCACGGUGGCUCCAGGGCUGGAAGCAAAAAACUCUCCAAAGUUGAGACCCUCAGGAUGGCUGUUGAGUACAUCAGAAGCUUGCAGCGCUUGCUGGAUGACCAUGAUGGCUCUGACAUGGGAAGCGCUCUUUCUGGCUCUAGCUCACCCAGCCCCUCCUCUAUCUGCGGCUCCAGGGUUGAACUUCACCAGGACAUUCAGGAUCUCCAUCAUCAGCAUCUCAGGCAGAAUCCCAGUCCUUCGAACUUCAUGCUGCCUUGCUCUGAAGCAUCCAGCUCGCCCACACCUAGCUUUGUUUCCGAAACUUCUUCUUCGGGAAGUCAAGGAUACGGUGCCACUUUUACUACUCUCUAUGCGCCGAAUACUGAUGGUUACAAUAUUAAUUAUGAGCCCAUGAGUCCGGACGAUGAGGAAUUGCUGGAUGUCAUCACCAAGUGGCAGGAAAAUCAGCAGUGAAAUUUUAUCAGAAAUUUGGUACGGGAUGUGCAAGGACUGAAAUAUACGCCUGUGAUCUAGUCAAUACUCUCUUGGAAUCCUGAAAAAUUUCACAAUUCCUCAAUAAGGAACGACAAAAUUGUAAAUAAUCUAAGUGAAAAUUUUUUAAUUUUUCAAAAAAUGUAAUUUGUAAUUUUGUAAAUUGUUUUUAUUUUAUAAUUAAGAUUUUAUGAGAAUAAAAGAGUAAGAUUAGUUGGAAAAUAUUUAUAAAAAUAGAUAGAAUUUAUAUUGUAAUAAAUUUAAGCCUCGAAGAUUGUAAAUAUUAAAAUGUUAAAAAUAUUUUAUAUAUGAUACAUUAUUUUAUUGAAUAUAUAAAUAUAAUGAUGGA